AUGCAAGGCGCUCCGCCACAUGGCAAGCUAGAUUCGCGCCCACAUGGUGGUUACUACUCCAGGGAGGACCUUGAGGAACUCGUCGCUUUUGCCACCGAGAGACAUAUAAGGGUCGUGCCCGAGAUUGAUAUGCCGGGGCACAUUCAAGCAGCUGUUGCAGCCUAUCCUGAACUUGGAAAUGGCGCGCAGGUUGUUGUGAUGGAGGAAUGGGGUAUUUCCAAACAUGUGCUUAAUAUGUCAGAUAAGGCUUUGGAAUUUUGCAAAGAUGUACUGGAUACAGUUUGCGACAUAUUCCCUGGCGAAUUCAUUGGCAUUGGCGGUGACGAGUGUCCUCACGAUGAGUGGAAGGCCAAUCCGAAUAUCCAAAGCAAGAUGAAGCAAUUGGGAUUGGCAGACGAAGCGGCUUUACAUGAGUGGUUUAUUGGACAGAUGGCGGCGCAUUUGCACGUCCAUGGUCGUCGUCCGUACGGUUGGGAUGAACUGAUGGGAUGUGGGGACAAAGUUCCCAAAGAUGUGCUCAUCGCAGCCUGGCGAGGGAUUGAACCAACAGAGAUCGCAGCCAAAAGAGGGUUCGAAGUUAUUGCGUGUCCAGACAUGAAAUGUUAUUUGGACUAUCGGCAGUCAGAGGAUAAAAACGAGCCGACGCCAGUGGGAGUUGUGCUGUCACUCGAAGACAUCUACAACUUCGAUCCUGUACCAGAGGGAUUGACACAGGAUGAGAAGAAGAAAGUGAUGGGAACUCAGGUCAAUGUAUGGGCUGAGCACAUGGAGAGUGCGUCUCGUGUUAACUAUAUGGUUUUCCCUCGCUUGUGUGCAUUUGCAGAGGUUGCCUGGGGCAAGGCAGACAACCAUUCGGACAUUGGUGACUUCAAAGUCCGACUGGAACAGCAUCUACCAAGGCUGGAAGCGCUUGGUGUCAAUUAUCGACCAUUAAGUGGCCCUAGACCAUGGAAUGCUCGCCCUGAUGCACCAGGGAAGCCGCGGAGUAUGCAGCACCGGGUAGAAAAGCAGCCAAGAUUUAUUGCAGAUUUGCUACAGUAA